ACCCGGAAAGAGAGAUGCAAAGGGGCGUGUUCCAGGCUGCUUUUCUUUUUUUCAGCGAUCCUACGAGUGGGGGCAGCCCAGCGGCGUCCUGUGCCUUUAAGGGCUCCUCCUCUGAGCAGUGCCACCGGGGUGUGUGUAGGGGGGAGCCCAUCCCCUGCGGCAGCCUUUCCAGUGCUCCCGGGGAGAUGGCACAGGCUCAAGAAGCCGCUCACACGCCCUGUAUGGAGCCGAAACUCCGAGCGCUGCGGGGAGUUUGCCCUUAAAAGCUGGCGCCCCGCGGAGCGCGCAAGGCGCGGAGACAGGGGCGCACGGAGAGGGGCGCACGGAGCUCCCCCGCUGAGAUGGCUCCUUGGCCCCAGGGCAACGCCACCUCCUGGGGGGACGCCGCCACCAACUGCACGGGGGCCGCCAGCCUGAGCCAGCAGUGGGCCGUCGGGGCGGCCCUGAGCCUCACGGUGCUGGUGAUCGCGGCCGGCAACCUGCUGGUGAUCCUGGCCAUCGCCAAGACGCCGCGCCUGCAGACCAUGACCAACGUGUUCGUCACCUCGCUGGCCUGCGCCGACCUGAUCAUGGGCCUGCUGGUGGUGCCGCCGGGGGCCACCAUUGUGCUGAGCGGCCACUGGCCCUACGGCACCACGGCGUGCGAGCUGUGGACCUCGCUGGACGUGCUGUGCGUCACGGCCAGCAUCGAGACCCUGUGCGCCAUCGCCGUGGACCGGUACCUGGCCAUCACCUCGCCGCUGCAGUACGAGGCGCUGGUGACCAAGGGCCGGGCGCGGGCCGUGGUGUGCCUGGUCUGGGCCAUCUCCGCCUUCGUCUCCUUCCUGCCCAUCAUGAACCACUGGUGGCGGGACGGGGCGGACGAGGACGCGCUGCGCUGCUACCAGAACCCGCGCUGCUGCGACUUCGUCACCAACAUGCCCUACGCCAUCCUCUCCUCCAUCAUCUCCUUCUACGUGCCGCUGCUCGUCAUGCUCUUCGUCUACGCGCGGGUCUUCGCCGUGGCCAGCCGGCAGAUCUGCCUCAUCCAGCGGGACAAGGACCGCUUCCUCCCGGGGGCCCCCGGCGCCAAGGGCCCCCGCCGGAGGAGACCCUCCCGCCUCCUGGCCAUGAGGGAGCACAAGGCGCUCAAGACCCUGGGCAUCAUCAUGGGCACCUUCACCCUCUGCUGGCUGCCCUUCUUCGUGGCUAACAUCGUCAAGGUCUUCUACAGGUCCCUCGUCCCCGGCCAGGUCUUCCUCCUCCUCAACUGGCUGGGCUACGUCAACUCCGCCUUCAACCCCAUCAUCUACUGCCGCAGCCCCGACUUCAGGAGCGCCUUCAAGAGGCUGCUCUGCUGCCCCCGGAGCGCGGACCGCCGGCUGCACGCCGUCUCCAGGGACCUCCGCCGGUGCCCCUGCGCCUUCGCCUCCCAGGGGGCCGCCCCGGCGGACAGCAAGCCGGUGGCGCAGGGGCAGCAGCCCGGGCAGGCGGGGGAGGAGGACGGGGGGACCAGCAGCAGCAGCAGCAGCCCCUCCAGUUGCAGGACUGAGGAGACCAACCUCUCCUACCGCCAAAGCAAUGGGCAUGGCAGCGCCCCGCGCCCCCUUAGGGAGGCCCAGCUGCAGGGCACCCAGACCACGCUCUGUCCGCAGCUGGAAGAAUUUACCUGCAAUGAAGCAAAAGCAGGUCCUUGAGUGUGCUUGAAAGGGAAGGAAAAAGAGAAGAAUGAAUGUGUCAAAGCCCUCAACUGGGUUGUUGCUCUUGGCUUGUGUGCCAGCUACUAUCCACCUGAAAGAAAAGGAAUCAGACAUGUAGAGCCAUAGUCUUUGAACUUUUGAUGUUGACUCAGGUAUUUUGAACGCACAUACCUUCAUUUCCUGCCUGUUUCUCCAGACUUGGCCAUAGCAUAGAGGAAACUGUACCUUAAAGAAAAGUGUUACAUAGGGGAGGCAGCUCUUAAAACAAUUUUUCCUGUAUACACAGCAAAUGUGCAGGAAAGAGGAGGCCUUUUGCUGUCAUUAGUUGUUUUCAGUAAGAGCCCUUGACAAGUGCUGGAAUUAUACCAGGGUCCCAGAGGGCUAAGCCUAGAUAGCUUACUAUGGUUUCAAUAUCUCUUGGGAGGGCUGGCUAGAGUCAGGUCUAGAGACAGCCCCAGCGCCUCUUGUGAUGUGAAGUUGGACCCAGUGUAAGGGACCUCCCUCUCCAGGGCUAGGUAGCUGAAUUCCAGUACAGCUCAGGACACUGGUUAGAUGAAGAACUGACCGACCUAAAUGUGAACAGUGUGUGUAAUCUCCAAAGAUGCUACAAGGGAAGAAGGCCUGAAGAUGUUUCCUGUAUAGAUUGCAAGAGAAACUACUACCUCAGAAGCAGUACUUCAGAAUGCAGCUGGAGUUUGACUUUGGUAGCCAGACAUGGAUUCACAUCGAACGUGGCACUGAAAGUGCUGGGGUUUGGAUACACUGGGCCUGAUUCUCCCCUGUGCUUUGUGCUGUCAUUUACAACUGUGUACAGUGGAUGUAAAAUGCUACCAAAGAAGAAUACACAGGUGUAAAUGA